AUGAUGGUGGGCUUGAGGGUGGACUUCAGCAUGCUCUUGGAGCCUCUGGGCUUUGUGAAGGUCCUUGAAUGGAUUCUUGCCAUCUUUGCUUUUGCCACAUGUGGAGGCUUUCAAGGUGAAACUACACUUCUAGUUUCCUGCAAAGGUGUGGUAAACAAAACAAUUACAGCUGCUUUUGCUUAUCCAUUCAGGUUGAAUACUGUUGUAUUUAGUGCACCAGACCCAGAAGGCUGUGGUGGUACUUGGACUGAUGCCUACCUCAUGGGUAACUUCUCCUCUUCUGCACAGUUCUUUGUUACACUGGCAGCACUGGUGUUCCUCUACUGCCUUACUGCCCUUGUGGUAUAUAUUGGAUAUAACCACGUGUACCAACAAAAUAACAAGUUUCCACUAACUGACUUGGUUAUCAGUGUCUUGACAGCCUUUCUGUGGCUGGUCAGUACUUUUGUUUGGGCAAAGGCACUUGCUGACAUCAAGGUGUCCACAGGAGCCAGCAUUAUUCCAGGAAUUGAAUCUUGCAAAGCACCAGGGACAACUUGCCACUUUCUUUCUGUGACCAGCAUGGGAAUUCUGAAUGUGUCUGUGGCAUUUGGCUUGCUUAAUAUGAUUUUAUGGGCAGGAAAUGUUUGGCUCGUAUACAAGGACACCAACUUGCACAGCCAAUGGAACAGAAUUUCUGAAAGUCCAACUGAAAGAGUAUAAAAGAAGUUGAUAUUUUUGAAGUGCUUCCACUUUCACAUCACACUACCAAGAGCAUGGAGUCAUUAGGAUUCAUUUCAAUAAUAACUGAUAAUUCAU